CACUCUACAUAUCUCGUCCUUCCUCCAUCUGGAGCAAUAAAUGAAAAAACGGAUGAGCUGGAGUCUUCGUUCUAUUCAUCUUCUCCACACACACCUCGGAGAUCCGUCUUGAACAUGAAGAGCACUUGGACUUUCUCCCUUAGGAACCUGUGAAGGAACCACGGAGCGACUGGAAUCCUUCUGCGGUCAUUCACUCUGGACACACCUCUUCAUUGUGUGCUGAUGAUCUGUUCAUCAACACAUUGACCUUAACAUUGUGUGUUUAUAGGUGUGUAUGGUGCACGUGUGAGGAUAUGAGAGGUGGAGUGCUUGGUCAGGUUUCACCACCAUGCUGCUUCUGAGACGCAGGGAUGAGAGCGCGGCUGGACGUACACAAGGUCUCUCACUCUACCUCCAUCAUGCUUAUUUAUGGUCGCUGCUGUUUGGCUCUGCCACCUUUGGAACAGUGGGCGUGUCACAUAUCUCUAACCUCACCUUUAGCGUGCUUGCCCCGCACUCCUCUAUUUUCUCUUCAUACGUUUCUAGUACUACUUCUCCUUCUGCUGGUUUCAUCUCCUGGCUGUCAAUCACGUCGGGACCGAGGGGCCGGGGGUGUGACCAAUUACAUCCCAGGGGCGUGGCCUGACCCAAGUCUUGAGCAGCGACCUUGGUCCAAGCAGUGGGUGGGGUCAAAGCUGCUGCAGGGUCUCACCAUCGCUGUGGUCCUGGUGGGAAACUCAAGUGAGGUGACUCUGUAUGGAACGCGCGAUAACAAAGAGGAGUGGCGGGAUCAAGGGAACGAUGGGUUUGUGAAUGAAGGCGUGGGAAACGUUGAAGUGGUGCGGAUGAACGAGACGGACCCGAGCAGCAUUAUUAAGAGUGUGUGUGAUCUUAUGACCCAGCACUGGCUUCAAGGAGUUGUGUUCGGUGAUGACACGGACCAGGAAGCCAUCGCCCAAAUCCUUGACUUCAUCUCUGCACAAACUCACACACCCAUCCUCGGAGUGAAGGGCGGAUCAUCUAUGAUCAUGGCAGCAAAGGAUGAUAACUCGCUGUUUUUCCAGUUCGGUCCUUCCAUUGAGCAGCAAGCCUCAGUGAUGUUGAACAUUAUGGAGGAAUAUGAUUGGUACAUUUUCUCCAUCGUCACCACCUACUACCCCGGGUACCAGGACUUUGUCACCAAGAUCCGCAGCACUAUCGAGAACAGUUUUGUGGGCUGGGAACUAGAGGAAGUUUUAUUGUUGGAUAUGUCAGUAGACGAUGGAGACUCCAAAAUCCAGAACCAGCUGAAGAAGCUCCAGAGUCCCGUUAUCCUGCUGUACUCCACCAAAGAGGAAGCCAACAUCAUCUUCGAGGUGGCACACUCUGUUGGACUCACAGGGUAUGGGUUCACCUGGAUUGUACCAUCUCUGGUGGCAGGGGACGCUGACCACAUUCCUGCAGAGUUUCCUACAGGUAUGAUCAGUGUGUCGUAUGAUGAGUGGGACUACGGGUUGGAGGCGCGAGUACGUGAUGCUGUGGCUGUUAUCGCCACGGCAACAUCGGCCAUGAUGAUGGAUCGUGGACCUCACACACUUCUAAAGUCUGAGUGUCACGGAGCUCCAGAAAAGAAGAGCACAGGAAACACAAAUGAAGUUCUCAGGUACUUGAUGAACGUGACGUUUGAAGGUCGUAACCUGUCGUUCAGUGAGGACGGAUAUCAAAUGCAUCCCAAACUCGUCAUCAUCCUACUGGACAAGAACAGACAGUGGGACAGAGUGGGGAAGUGGGAGAAUGGCUCUCUGUCAAUGAAGUAUCACGUGUGGCCGAGGUUCGAGCUGUAUUCAGGGGAGGAGAGUCGCCAGGACGACCACCUGUCAAUCGCAACCCUCGAGGAAGCGCCAUUCGUCAUUGUGGAGGACGUCGACCCUCUGAGUGGAACCUGCAUGAGGAACACCGUACCCUGCAGGAAACAGCUGAAAAUACGUAAUCAGACUGGUGAAUCGGGCAUGUACAUAAAACGCUGCUGUAAAGGCUUCUGUAUCGACAUCCUGAAGAAGAUCGCCAAGUCUGUAAAGUUCACCUACGACCUUUACCUCGUCACUAAUGGCAAGCAUGGAAAGAAGAUCAAUGGCACCUGGAAUGGCCUGGUGGGCGAGGUGGUGGUGAAAAGCGCUCACAUGGCUGUCGGUUCUCUCACCAUAAAUGAGGAAAGGUCAGAGGUCAUCGACUUCUCUGUGCCAUUUAUUGAGACUGGAAUCAGUGUCAUGGUCUCCCGUAGCAACGGCACUGUGUCACCGUCGGCGUUCCUCGAGCCCUUCAGUGCAGACGUGUGGGUGAUGAUGUUCGUCAUGCUCCUGCUGGUUUCUGCCAUCGCUGUGUUUGUGUUUGAGUAUUUCAGUCCUGUGGGCUACAACUGCUGCCUCGCCGACGGAAGAGAGCCUGGUGGUCCCUCAUUCACCAUUGGUAAGGCGAUCUGGCUGCUGUGGGGUUUAGUGUUUAACAACUCAGUUCCUGUGCAGAACCCCAGAGGAACGACUAGUAAGAUCAUGGUAUCAGUGUGGGCUUUCUUCGCUGUGAUCUUCCUGGCCAGCUACACUGCCAACCUCGCUGCUUUCAUGAUCCAGGAGGAGUACGUCGACCAGGUCUCAGGACUUAGUGACAAAAAGUUCCAGAGACCUAAUGACUUCUCUCCUCCUUUUCGAUUUGGGACCGUGCCAAAUGGCAGUACAGAGCGCAAUAUCCGUAAUAACUAUAAGGAGAUGCACUCGUACAUGGUGAAAUUCCACCAGCGCAAUGUGGACGAAGCUCUACAGAGUCUGAAAGCUGGGAAGCUGGACGCAUUUAUCUACGAUGCUGCUGUGCUGAACUAUAUGGCGGGUCGUGAUGAAGGCUGCAAGCUGGUGACCAUCGGCUCAGGGAAAGUGUUCGCUACGACCGGGUAUGGCAUCGCCAUCCAGAAAGACUCGGGCUGGAAGAGACACGUGGACCUGGCCAUCCUGCAGCUGUUUGGAGAUGGAGAGAUAGAGGAGCUGGAGGCGCUCUGGCUCACCGGGAUCUGUCACCACGAGAAGAACGAGGUGAUGAGCAGUCAGCUGGAUGUGGAUAACAUGGCGGGAGUGUUCUACAUGCUGGGGGCGGCCAUGGCGCUCUCACUCAUCACCUUCGUCGCCGAGCACCUCUUCUACUCGCACUUACGCUUCUGCUGCAUGGGGGUGUGUUCUGGAAAACCUGGCCUCACCUUCUCCAUCAGCAGGGAAGUGUACAGCUGCAUCCAUGGUGUUGAGAUUGAAAACAAGAGUUCAGGGCUGAAUUCUCCAUCAACUACAAUAAAUAACACACACUCCAACAUCCUGCGUCUGCUUCGCACAGCUAAGAAUAUGGCAUCCUUGUCCGGGGUAAACGGCUCUCCCCACAGCGCGCUUGACUACCUUCGCCGUGACUCGUCUGUCUAUGACAUCAGUGAUCAAAGGCGGCACUCAGAGUGCCGGGUGCCCUACCUCUCUGAGAAUAAUGACAAUAAUGCUUUUAGUGACUACAUUGACCAAGUCGAGCGCACCUUCGGAAACCUGCACCGCAACGAAAGUGACCUAUAUCUGCACCGACGCUCAGGCUCUGUCCCUGGCCCUGCCCCCAGCCUGGGUUCUGGCAGCUCAUUGGAUGGUGCCAUUUUUGACUGCUCCGCCCUCACACAUAGGAACAUGAGCAACUUUGACCUUCUGCAGGGACAUGCACCACUCGGACUGCCAGAACCAUACAGGAAGUUCUCCUUUAAAGGAGGUACUUCAGGUUACAUCCCUGCCUAUGAUCCAUAUGGUGAUGGAGACAACAUGUCUGACAUUUCCACUCAUACCAUAACCUACGGUAACUUGGAAAGUGACAGCAGAAAAAGAAAGCAGCAUCGUGACAGUUUGAAAAAGCGGCCCGCUUCUGCUAAAUCGCGUAGAGAACUGGACCAUGCACACCUUAGUAACCGACGGAGACCACACCAUGGGCAUCACCGUCAUCAUGGACACCGCUCUGUGUCUCCGCCUCUGUCGGAACACAAAAUGAGAGGAGGAGGCGGAUCUUUGUCCUUCCUGUAUCAGGACAAAGAAAGCCUCCGAGACUUUUAUCUGGACCAGUUCCGUCCCAAAGAGGGCGUGCCCCAAUGGGAGCAUGUGGAUUUGACAGAUGGGCCAAGUGGGGGUGGGCCUGGAGCUGGGGCCAACUGCACUAGCCUGGUGCCUGUAGAUGACUUUCUGAAAAGCAAACCAUCAAAAGUGGAGUCUAAAGUGGAAAGAACGGAAUGGGAGUGUCGAAAUUGUCGUGCUAGCAGUGCAGGAAGUAAACGAAUGCCACAGCACACAGGAGGUGGGCUUUAUGAAGUUGGAGGAAGCACUAGUUGUGUGGCAUCAGGAGUUGGAGGCAGGACCAGUCGUCCCACUUCAGCCACAUGUAUGCGUUGCGAGGCUUGUAAGCGUUCAAGCAACUUGUACAACAUCAGUGAGGACAGCAAUCAUGUUAUGGGGCAGAUAAGUGGGCGGGGUCAAACACCAUCACAGCGGCGAAGAGCAUUUAGCGCGAGACCUUUACGGAGACAGCAUUCCUACGAUGCUUUCAUGGACCUGCACAGGGAUGACGAGGGGCUAAGUAUGCAGGCAGGGGGAGGGGCUAUGGAUGAUGCAGGUGGGGCCUUUCUGCCUCCUCGCAGUGUGAGUUUAAAGGAGAAGGAUCGCUGUAUGGAGGGCUCAUUCUCACAUUUAUUUGACAGCCAGCAGUUUUAUAGCCCAACCCACCAAUCCCUGAAUGCAUUCCAAGGGGAAAGAGACCCUUACUUCCUAUCAAAAUCGCUCUACCCUGAUCACACCAAUCACAACCCGUUUGUGCCGACAUUCGGAGACGAUCAGUGCCUGCUGCACGGCGCUAAAACGUACUAUACGAAAAAGCAGCAGCGCUCUGAUCCGAGAAAUCUGGGAACUCCAUCUGGGAUUUCAUCUUUUCUUCCCUCAUCCCGAUUCACCAAUCAGCACUCGGCUCUUGGGCCACCACGACCUUUUAACGGCACCAACGGCCAUGUGUAUGAAAAACUCUCCAGCAUCGAGUCGGAUGUGUAGAGGCACAACAGGAAGCGAUGGACAGAACAAACAAUAAGGGAGGAGCAAUGGCUUCAACCAAAAGGGCUGAAUGGAGGUGGGGCUGGUGUGGUGGGGUUAACCGCAUCAGCCUGGUGCCUGUAAACAACGCUGUGUUCCUGCACUAAAGGAAGUGAAGCUCAUGCUCUCAACGAGGAGCGAUUAGACAACUGGCCAUCUGGAAAUGUGUGAGAGAGACAGAGAAGAGAAAGAUGACAGAUAAAGUGAUUUUUUUUCACUUUCACUAUUUCCUCUUCUCUUUCUCUCUCUCUUAUAAAAUGUUAACAGGGUAAUAAACAAUAACAACCACAAUAAUGCUACCAAUAACAUUGUGAUUAGCCAGGCUGGAACAGACAUUGCUAGUGAUAAGAAUGAUGAAGUGUGGAAGUCUAAUUAUUUAUUUAUUUAUUUAUUUAUUUCUCAACCUAUUUAUUUAUUUGUUUAUUUAUUCGUGUUUCAGCUACUUUACCAUUCUAAUAUUGAUAGCUGUGGGACAACACCCCCCAUGAACACACACACACACACACACACACACACACACAUUACAAGCGGGCAAAAUAAAGAGGGAUAGACAUGGGAAAUGGAGAAACUCUGUUGUAAAUACCACACACA